UGCAGCUGCCUGCAAUAGUGUAUAGAAACAUAGUAUACAGUGUAGUAACGUAUAUCUGUUGUGGCGCGCCUAUGUCGCGCGGCGCAUUUUCUGAUCUACUCUGAAACUCCGGUGAAUUUCCAGUGAUAAUUCGGGAUACGAGAUAAUCAAGCGAGGGCGAACGAACGGAAGGACGAAUCCUUUGCAAUUCGGAGGCUCGAUCUAACGCAAAUAACCAUGGCUUGUCUUCGAAAAUACGAGACAAAUAAAUUAUUAGAUAAGAUAGAAAUGGAGAUUCAUAUGGAAAAUAAAAAGAAAGAGCUGGAGGAGGUGAGGGAGCAGUCAAAAAAAUUGCUCAAGAUUCAAGACAAGGCUGAGUCAAACUACAGAAUAAGAAACAAUUUAGAAAAUCAGUUGGAAGAUGCCAACAAACGUCUUGAAACCACAAGUAGAGAGAGGGAUAAGUUCGAAAGGGAGCUUGUAUCAACAAAGACUGAAUUAGCAGGGGUUAAACGUACUUUAGAUUUAGAACGUCAAGAAAGAAAGGAACUUGAAUCAAAAGCAUUGAACCUUAUAAAAAGUGCUAAGAGAAAGUGGGAAAAUGCAGAAAAAGAUAAAAUUGAACAACUCAAUAAACAUAUUGAAUCCCAGACUGUACGUAUUACAGAACUAUGUACAAGUAAUAAUGAAAUGAGCUCCAAGUUGCAGAGGAUGGAAACAGAAUUGAACACUGCCAAUGCUGAGCUAGAUAAACUAAGAAUUUUCCAGGUACAAUACAAGGAAUCUCUCAACAAAAUGCGUGAACUGAAUCGUCAGAGUCAAGUUGGCGUAGAAAACAAAUUAGAACAAAUAUCUAAUAGAGCUCAUAAUCAGUUAGCAGAACUUAGGACUAAGCUUGAAUUAGAAACUGCAAAAAAUGUAGAAUUAGAAUCUAAACUGAGAAAAGAAGAGGAGUCUAAUACAUGUAAACUUUCAAGACUGAACGUUGCUUUUGAAUUUAAUCAGAAUGAACUUAAAGAUUGUCAAGAACAGCUGCGCAGUCUUAAAGCAACCAUUCCAGCUCGAGAUGCAGAAAUUGAAAAUCUUAAACAUCAACUACAAGAAAAAACUCAACAACUUGAAAGUGCAAGUAGUAUGGAACAAUUGGUUGUAACGCUACAAGAGCAAAUAGAAAGAAUAACUAUGGAAAAUAAUCAAUUAAAACAACAAUUAGAAGCAACAAAAACAGAUUUGAGUGAAACUAUCAUGAAUAUGGAAGUAAAUGAAACUCUCUCAGCUAAUCUUGAAAGAGCUACGCAAGAUAAAAAUAUUUUAGAACAACAGCUAAGAAAGUCGCUUCAAAAAGAAGAGGCGCAAGGUAAGAAAGUCAAUAAUCUUGAAGAACUUCUCAGGCGUUUUGAACAGAGCGUCGCUAAAUUAGAAGCUGAAAAUGCUAGUCUCAAGUCUGGUCAACUUCCAAGCCGUUCUUCUCUGAACAGAAGAUCAGGUUCGAAUAUAGAAGAUACUGUUAAAAUUACAAGUCUGGAAAAACAAAUUGAAAGUUUACAAGAACAACUCAAAACUGCUCGAGAGGAAACCGCGGCCGACCGAGAUGCAGCUAGACAAGCUCAGAGAGCUCUUUGGAAAAAAGAAAAGGAGGUUAAUGAUGCAAACUUGGAUAAAAGAAUUGCUACCCGUGAAGCUAAAACAGCUGAAGAAAAAUUGAAGAAUCUGCAAGCAGAAAAACAAAAACAAUAUGAAAGAUUGAGUACCAAAAUAAAAGAUGAGGAAGAAAAGGCUAAGAAAGCCAUGAAAGAACUAGAAGCAAUCAAAACUCAACUUGCCGACGUUACAAGAGAGGCAUCCAGAAAUAAAUUACAAGCAGAUUCAGCACAAAGGGCUCUUACACAGGCUAACAAACAAGUCGAAGAGCUGCAGUCUUCGAGCGCAUCACUUAGGCGAGAACUCGAUUCGGCUCGUAAACAGCUGCGAUCGAGUCAAGAUCGAUAUGAUGCUUUACAGAGCGAAAAAGAGCGUCUUUCCGUUCGCGUCGCUAAAUUUAACGAAGAAAAUAACGACCUUGACGCAAAGGUUGAAAAGUUACAGCAAGAAGCUAAUGGCUAUCAGCUGAAUAUUGAAUUACUGAAAGAGACAUGCUCUGUACUCGAAGAGCAACUCAACGAUUACGAGAAAUUAACGAGUAAUCAUGAAACAAGAGAGAACACCCUCAUCCAAGAAAAAAUGAAGCUUCAAAAAGAUAUUGAAACGAUUGAAAUGAAAUUACGAGAAGCGAGAGACGAGAUGAACAAAGAAAAAGCAAUGCGAAUGCGCGCAGAGAAGCAAGUUGAACGCUUAGAGUCCGAAACGAGUGACAUCGAAGAGGAACGUAAUGGACUCGUUCAGCAGCGUGAUCAAUAUCGAAAGAUGACUCAACACUUGACCAAACAGGUUGCUGAGCUUCAAGAAAAGUGUGGAGCGUUAGAAUUAGAUCUUUCUGAAGUGAGAAGAAGCCUUGAACUAGCUAAAGCAGAUGCUAGGAUGGUGAAAGAAGAAAGUACACAGUAUCUUACAAAAGUACACGAGCUAAAAGAAGCAAACGAAUCACUAGCUAUGGAUUUGCAACAAAGUGUGGAUCUCGGACAAGAUUUACGAAACCGCGUUAUGGAAUUAGAGGAUGUACUCGACGACAUGCGUCAUUUCUACGAAGAGCGUGAAAUGAAAUCUGGAAGUACUCAACAGCAACAAACCAAACUUAUUGACUAUCUGCAGUUGAAACUUGAAGAAGCUGCGAAAAAGAAGAAGGGUGUAUGCGACAAAAUAUUUGGCAAACAAAAGGAAAAUGUUCCACCUCUUAAUCCAUCUGCUUUACCAAUUGGCUAUCGUGAACUUGAAAAUCAACUAGAAAGCGAAAGAGCCAAAGUAAAAACGCUGACAGAACAAUUAUUAUCAAUAAAAGCUACAAGAGCAACAACCCCUAUUCAUUCAAAUCCAGUUUCACCUGUAAAACCACAACAUACAUCACAAACAACUAACAAUGCAGAACAAAAUAAUUCUGUCACUCGUCAACAUUCAAUGCAACGAAUUCGUCACAACAUUCCGCAUCGUUUUAAUAUGAGCCUACCAAUGAGAACUGGAAAAUGUACUGCUUGCUCGGAAUCGAUACAAUUUGGAAAGCGAGCAGCCAUAUGCAGCGAAUGUCAAAUAAUGUGUCACUUAAAAUGUAGUGUAGCUGUUCCUGCCAAUUGUGGUUUACCGGGAGGAUUCAGCAAACAGCUAGCAAAGAAUCUCAGAGGUAGCAACGAAAGCAUAUCCAGUUUUGGCGGUAGCGUUCAAACAUUAGCUAUUGACGAGCCUGAUAACAUCCCUGAAAGAGAUACCGAUUGUCAGAAGAAACCUAGUGAUAGUUCAGUCUUAAUGGAAAGUUGGGUUAAAAUUCCAAGUCGCAAUAAGGGUGGUUGGGAGCGUAAAUACCUGCGACUUGAAGGUUCUUGUCUGUGUACAUAUGAACACGAACCUACGAACUCUUCAAUGUCACCGAUUUCAAAAUUAGAUCUGUCGGAGAAAGACGGUUUUAUCGUUAGCGAACAUGUACAAGUGGCUGAUGUUCUUGGUACUGCCAAGUCCGAUAUGCCUUUUAUUUUAAGACUUGAAUCAAAAUCAGCGACAACGUGUUGGCCUAAUUCUCGAUUGGACAUAAUGGCAUUAAGUCAACUAGAUAAGAAAAAUUGGCUAAAAGCUCUAAGGACAUGGUCUAGUAGAGCUGGAAAAACUGAGAAGUUCCAAACAAUCGUUCGGCUUGAAAAGCGACAGUUGGAUCUUAAUACUGCGGUUGAAUUGGAAGAAGAUAACGUAUUACUUUUCGGAGCAGAAGAAGGUCUUUUCUCGUACAAAAUUGGCAAGUCGAAAUGUCUAACAGCAAUUCGUGGCGUUAAAAAAGUCUAUCAGUUAACUUUACAUCCUCAAAUUGGCCAAGCAUUAAUGAUUGCCGGUGAGGACCGGCAGCUAGUUACAUGCGAUUUACGUCAACUUCGUAGCAAUGCAUUAGCUGCAGAAUGUUCAAGACCAGCUAUCACAACUAAAACUGUACUUACCGGGUCAGAAAGUUGCCACCUUUAUCAAAUUCAGGGUGACAUGCUUUGUGCCGCUACUGCCAGUCACGUGAUUUUACUUAAGUGGAAUAACACUGAAGAAUCCGGAGAAUUCAUCACAGUCAGAGAACUUGAGACGCAGGACCCUUGCAGUUGCGCCCUGUUCGUAAAUAAUUUACUCAUUGUCGGAUGUCAUAAAUUCUUCCAAAUUGACAUCAAAGAUUACAGUAUUGACGAAUUUCCCGAGGAAGACGACAGCUCAGUGAAAGCUGCGAUAUGUGGUGUUGCCAAACUUGGCAUCUUCCCCGUACACGUCCUCAAUGUGUCGGGUAAUUCUAAGAACGUUGAACUCUUGCUCUGCUAUAACGAAUUCGGCGUUUUUGUUAAUGAACACGGUCAACGAACCCGUGGCGUAGAUCCAACUUGGAGUCAUUUACCUUUUGCAUUUGCCUAUCGGAAACCAUACAUCUUCAUUGUACAUUUUACAUCUGUUGAGAUAAUCAAAAUUGACGGAAAGGCAUUUAAAUCUCCGUCGUCGCCAACUGAGAGAAGUAUAAUGGAACUUAACAAUCCUAGAUUUUUAGGAUUAGCUGGACCUCGCGGUAUUUAUAUAUCGACAGUUAAUUCAAUUUUGGAAGUUUUGAAAAUCGAAGGAGUUUCAAAUGCACAGACUAACAGUGGUAGCAUGACUAGUCUUGAUUCACUGUCUCAAAAUGAUGACAGUUCUUCGUCCGAAUUUAGUUUUACAUCAAGUCUCAUGGAAGUUCUUGAUGGACAAGGCAAAAAGUCAGUUCAUUUUGCCAAUUCAUUUAACAAAUAACUAUUAUACUCAUAUAGUUAAUUAAAUAGUCUUAGUUUAUGUUUAAUUUAUAUGACUUUUUUGUACAAAUUGUUGCAU